AUGGACACUGGCACCUCAGGAGAAGUACACGGCUGGUGGCGCCUACAUCGUAGAGUUUACGUUCACUCUGCUGCUGUGCAUGACCUUUCUCUCGGUCUCCUGUGUAAAGGGCAUCACGAGCAGCUUUCAGAGGAACUUCUACUUCGGUCUGGCCAUCGGCUUUGCUCUGCUGACUGGCAGCCUUUGCUCUUCUGGCAUCUCCGGGGGCUGCCUGAACCCUGCUGUUUCGGUGGGGGUCGGCGUGGCUGCCCUGAUACAGAACAGGUCCUAUGCUGGCUACUACAUACCCAACUACGUGCUGGCGCAGCUACUGGGUGGGAUCGGUGCGACCGUCGUUUUCGCUACCACACAUGCGAGAGUGUAUGCCUCCAAAGCAGCAAGGAUACCCUUCAGCCUGGCGACCUGAUUCCCAAGCGCCAUCAUUUCCUGUCUCACUGCUUGAGAACUCAUCUGUGGGUCUACAAAAGGCAGGUUUGGAGCCCUUGCAAGGGCAGUCGGCUUGCAGAGUCCUUCGAUUUUCUCGCCAGUCUUCGAUUGGGAUCUCGCCCGGAGGUUGUGACACGUUUCGACGUCGAGACCGGAUGUUUCUUGCCUUAG